AUGUCACCCCCUGUAUCUCCUCAGCAAUCCAAGUCUAAUUCAACCCGAAAGCACGGGUGUUCCCCAGUCUGGUACGAAGAGAGCGGACGAAGACGGACAAAUCGCAGUCGUUCGACCAGCAAGGAACGGUUUCAGGACCUCCCUCAGGAAGAUCCGCAAAACCGUCUCCACAUCGGCGACCUCGGCCCGGAAAUAACAGAAAAGGAUUUAAUAACUGCCUUCAAAGUGUACGGAGAUGUGGAAGACGUUUGGGUGGCCAAGUCCCCUCCGUGUUUUGGUUUUGUCAUUUUCCGGACGGACGAGGACGCGACGGAAGCAAUGAUCAGUCUGGACGGGGCGAGGAAUGCAAGUUAUGGUCGUGCAGAAUCCCGAACAUUCGACGACACAUCUGAAUACGAGAAAGCUGAUUACCGUGCCGGUGCUCCAAGUCCCUCAAUUCUUCCAGACAGAUCCCGAACAUUCGACGACACAUCUGAAUACGAGAAAGCUGAUUACCGUGCCGGUGCUCCAAGUCCCUCAAUUCUUCCAGACAGGCAACGUCCAACGGACAAAUAA